AUGGGCAUCACACUCAGUAUCAACGGUCACCCGCUUGAGGUCAGCGAGGGCGCUACUGUGCUGGACGCUAUCAACCAGUCCGGCACUUACAUCUCGCAGCUCUGCAAAGACCCGGACAUGAAGCCGAUCGGCGCUUGCCGCACUUGCCUCGUGCAGAUUGAAGGUACGCGCGGCUAUCCGGCUUCCUGCGCCGUUCCGGUGACGGAGGGAAUGAGCGUGUGGACGGAUACGCCGGAAGUUCAGGCAAUGCGCAAGGGUGUGCUUGAACUUACGCUUGCGAUGUUUCCUUCCAAUGGCGCUGCCGGAAGCAAGGACUACAAGGAGCUUUCAAUUGCGGCGGACAGACACGGCAUCACGGAUUCGCGAUGGCAAGGCAGGGAGCGCGAAGCUGUUGACAGCAGCAAUCCGGUAUUCAAUAUUGCGAUGGAGAGCUGCAUUCUGUGCCAACGCUGCGUUCAGGCUUGCCAGGACGGGCACCAGUUUAUAGGCGCUAUUGACCUACUCGGCACCAGCACGCAGGGGAGGAUUGGCACAUUCGCGGAGCGCCCGCUUUUGGAGUCCGUCUGCACAACUUGCGGUCAGUGCCUCUCCGUGUGUCCGACCGGGGCCAUCGAGGUCAAGACGCCCCCCCUCAAGGUAGCCAAGGAGGUAACGACUACCUGCCCAUAUUGUGGCGUUGGCUGCGGUAUCAAGGCGCAGGUUGACGACACCGACCGAAUCGUGGCGAUGCUGGACGACCCGGACAACCAAUCGAGCAUCGGAAUGCUUUGCGUAAAAGGCCGCUUCGGUUACUCAUUCGUGAACCACGAGGACAGGCUGACCACACCGCUGAUUCGCAAGGACGGUAUUCUGACUGAAGCUAGUUGGGAUGAGGCAUUGGAAUAUGCCGCCGUCAAUCUUGCCAGCGGUGCCACCAGCAAUUCUUACCAGGACUAUGAGGAAGCGGGCUGUCUUGUCAUUAUCGGGUCGGACGCCAACUCCAACCAUCCAGUCGCGGCAUCGCGCAUGAGGCGCGCCGUCAUCGAGCGCGGUGCGAAGCUAAUCGUCAUCAAUCCGCGCCGGAUAGAGAUGUGCGACUUUGCGGAGUUGUGGCUGAGGCCGCGUCCGGGCACCGAUGUCGCGCUGCUGAACGCAAUGGCAAAGGUCAUUCUGGACGAAGAUCUCGUUGACUGGGAUUUCGUGAGCGGCCGCACCGAGGAUUUCGAGGAGUGGCGCGAGCUCAUCGACAAUUACACUCUCGACUAUGCAGAAAGCAUCACAGGCGUGGCUGCGGAAGACAUCGCACAGGCGGCGCGAAUAUACGCGAAGCCUCCGUUCAGCGGUUCCUGCCUGAUAUGGGGUAUGGGCAUCACGCAGCACAUGAUGGGCACAGCGAACGCGCACAGCCUGCUGAACCUGUCGUUCGUUGCAGGACAACUAGGCAAGCCAGGCUCCGGCAUAUCGCCUCUGCGUGGACAGAACAAUGUGCAGGCUGCGGAGACGCGGGCUGCCUGCCCAAUGCUUUUCCCGGCUACCAGAUAA